GCACACAUUUCAAACUUAAACAGUGAUGGCGAACCGUAAGAGAAAUAGGCCUGAAGAUUGGGAGGAUUUGGAGCCGUCUCCUGUCAUCCACAUACGAGAGUUACCGGAGCACACACUUGAACUUGAUUUAAUUCGUGUUUUUGAACAGUUUGGGUCUAUUAGAGAUAUUGCCAUGAUUCCCCAUAAGGGCCAAGCGUUAAUCGAGUUUGAUGACAUUAAUUGUGCAGAAAGAGCUGUUUCUAGGUGUUCAGAAAAUUCUGUAAUGUUCGCUAAUCGUCGCUUGAAAGUGAAUUACAGCACGUCGAAACGGGUCAUUCACCGACCUCUAGAGAACGACAGCCAACAUUCUGAUUUGCCACCAGAAAGUCGCGUGCUUCUAUUAACUGUUUACAAUGCACAGUAUCCAAUAACCGUGGAUGUUAUUCAUCAGAUUACUGUCAAACAUGGUCGUGUUUUGAGGAUUGUCAUUCUACGCAAAUCUAGAAUACAGGCUAUGGUUGAGUUCAAAAGUACAGACGAGGCUCGCACGGCUAAAAGACACCUGAACGGGGCAGAUAUAUAUUCGGGAUGUUGUACUCUAAAAGUUGAAUUCGCUCGCCCUGCGCGUCUGACCGUAACUCGUAAUGAUCAAGACACAUGGGAUUUUGAGAAUCCACUACUUUUGUCUGAUUCACUAAAUGACAACGAUAGUCGUGGAGAUAUUUCUUUGCUGGGACGUUUCGAACGGUCUCGUGCGAGACAUGAGAGUUCCAGGUCUGUUAAUGGUGGUAGCUAUGGAUAUCAUGAUGGCUUCUUGAAACAGAACAGUGUUGGUCUUAGUGUCCCACCCUCUUCUUUUCUGGAUCAACUAGCUCUGAAUUAUCACGUUUCAAGGCGUGGUUUUGAUGGAUUAAACGGUCAACCUUAUGCCAGAGCCGCUACUCCUGUCAUUAUGGUAUAUAACAUGGACAUGGACCAUAUGAAUUGUGACCGUUUGUUCAACCUCCUUUGUCUUUACGGAAAUGUAGUACGUAUUAAGUUUUUGCGGACGAAGGAAGGAUCAGCAAUGGCACAAAUGGGCGACAACGUUAGUGUUGAUCGUGUCAUUACCAAUCUUUCAGAGGUUCCGUUGAUGGGAAAUGCAUUGUCGAUUCGUCCAAGCAAACAACAACUUAUUUUGGAUGUGCCGAAACCUUAUGAAUUAUCAGAUGGCUCUCCAUCAUUUAAAGACUAUUCGGGUUGUCGUGAAAAUAGAUACAUAAAUCCUGACAAGGCGAGUAAAAAUCGCAUUUACCCGCCAUCGCAUACUUUACAUUAUUGGAAUUGUCCUCCAAAUUACACAGCAGAAGAACUGCGCAAGUUGGUUGUGGAGUGUGGUGCUUCACCACCUCGCCAAAUUGCACCUUUUCCAAGAAUAAGCGAUCGAUCCUCCUCAGGCCUUGUUGAAUGGGGAACUAAGGAUGAAGCUGUUACUGCUCUUGCUUUAUGCAAUCAUCAGGCUAUUCCGAAUACUGAAGGUCGUUAUCCAUUUCUUCUAAAGCUCUCAUUCUCCAGCUCCGCAGUCAAUGAUCGUGCUUUUCCAGGUUCCAAAAAGAUUGGUUCAUCUCAUAUCGGAAAAUCAGCUGCAUCUGUUGAUUCCAGUGAAUAUGAGUAGAGUACGGGGUAAUUUCGUUCCUAUUUUAGUUGAUAGCACAGUUCUAACAAAUGCAACGACGCUUGCUCUUGUUACAUUUCGAUGAAAGUAUUUUAAUGUCCCUUCAGUAUACGCAUUGAUAUACAUUACUCACAAAUCUUUUAUUGUAACUUCAUGGCCAACUAUCAUGACAUACUUUGCAAGCUAAAAAUUAUCCGUACAUUAAUUGUUCAUUGUUUCCUCAUCAGACUGUUCGAUCAAAAUAACAAAAGAACACAGCAUUUGUCACCAAAACCAUUAUCAUAUUCUUCACAUGGUGAUUCCUCUGGUACAUCAAUCAACGCAGUCGCACUUUGCAUUCAACUAAUCACAUAACCGCAUAUUGAAGCUCCACUACACAUCAGUCUGCAACGUAAAUUCAUUUAAUUCAUAUUGUCACCUUUAACUUUUCUGUUUAAUUAGCCUCCCACUCAUAUACAUACAUUUAUAUCAUAGUCAUUUGUUUUAAUUGGUGUGCCUAUGGCUUUGACUAUUGAUAACUGUUAUUCAUAUCUAUGAUGAUUGCAUUUUAAAUCUUAAUAUACUUUUGGUGCCAAUUGUGUUUUGUUCAACUAACUGCGUGUGUUUAUGUUGCUGUCAAUGUUUAAAAUUGAUGAAGUACGCAUUCGCAUGCUUUUACUCACUUGGUAUUUAUAAAUAGCUAAUCCUUACAGUUUUCAUAUUCAAAGUAUAUUCUGAAGGUUGGCUUAUAGGUUUUUCAUUUCAUCUGAUUAUUCUUAUUCUUAUUCUUGUUCGUUUGAUAGCCAUUUUUCUUCCAGUGACCAGUGUUUCCUUCCGUUGAUAAUUUUCCACAUUUCUGCAUUUUAUUUAGUCACUGUUUUACGUAAACAUUUUGCUAGUGCAUUUUAACUUAGGAUAGUCGAGUGAAUACAUUCCCUUUACAUUCUGCCCUAAGAUGACUGUUCAGUUAUGUGCAGACAAAUAUCACUGGUCAACCUACAUAGCAAGUCAUGUAAUGCCUGCUUACUGUGGUAAACUUCAUGUGUAUGAGGAAAAUAGAAUUCAAGAGACUAUGACCUUUGUGAGAUGUGAAGCAAAUUAGUUCUGCGGCACAUUGAAGUUCGAGCGUACUUACGGAGUUUUUGUUUCAUUUCUGCAACGGAUCAGAUUCUAGAUACUUCGGAAUACUGUUUUUAAACUAUCAGUAAAAACCACAACUCAGGAUGCUUAUUUCUAACUGUAUUCUCUGGAAAUCCUUUCUAUAAAUUGUAGAACUGAAGUCACACCAGAUUUUCGUGCGACCACAUUCACAGCUCUUCCACAUAAGCUUGUAGACGAUUGUUCAAUUAUUUCAGGUUAAAACUCAAGCCCUUUACCGCCUGCAUAAUCAAGCAAAGCUUAAAUGAACUUUUAAUAUCAACAGUAAAAGCUUUUAACGUUUCCUUUAAUUAUAAAGUUAGUAUUUUUCAACCAAUUUCUACGUUACAGCAAAGUUCCAAGUGUUGCAUUUCAUAUUCACAUUUCAGCAUACAUCCAUACACGCAAACACUCCAUUUUCUGUUCUCAGCUGGACAUAUGUAAUAGCAUAUUUGUGGUAUAAAUAAUUAGAAUCCGGAUUUCUCUAUUUUACUGUUACUUUUACUGAGUAUUGGAAUUAUGUUCACUUUCCUGGUCAUCUUUUGUUACACUAAGUCAAUCCAGACUCUGCAUCUUGAUUAGUUUAUUUUACAUAUUUGUUCUGUGCUUAUUUUACUCAAGACAUGCAGUAUAUCACCCGAAAAAUAAUAGUCGUCGUCUUUGAUUUGAGAAAACAGUAAAUUCCUAGACCAUUUUUCACAUUUUUCGCUAAGAAGUAUUUGUUUGUUUGCCGUAAAAACAUUUACCGUUCAUGUUUGCGAAGUGAAGUUGCUCAUAGUUUUAUGCAAAUCACGUUAUAUUUUGCUUGAAAUGCUCGUUGUAAUGUGUCAGUUCUGAACGGUCUUUUCUGACGUAUUCGUUUGUUAGGUGUUAUACCUUGUUUUUGUGUGUAGUUCGAUCGAUCUAACCACUAUGUUGAGCCUUUUAUGCAGACGUUUCACCAACUAUAUGGCGCCUCAUUUGGAUGUCGUUUGAAAAGUGUGGCUUGUUACUUUUAUUCAACCACAUGUAGGAGUGUUUUUUUCUUUGUCGAAAAGCACAAUUUUAUUACAUAUGGAGCAGUACAUCAUGUGGAAAGUUUGGUCGCUACGGUAGGGUGAAACAGGCGCUCUUGUCAGUUUCAAAUCCCACUUUUCUCAGAAAUACUAUACUUAUCUCAAUAAACUGGAAAAGAAAGUU